AUGCCAGCGAUCAAGAUGGUUUGUAAUUUUCGCACAAUUGGUGGUGCUCUCCUGGUAGUUAGUAGUGGCAUGGCUCUCCGUAGCUGCUCAACUCUUGACGAGUUUGUGGAGACCUUCAACAAAGUUGUGCUGGUUGCAUACACCAAACUGGUUGAGAUCAGUGAGGGAUCUCUGUGCUUCACAGUACAAGCAGAGACGCCAGCAGCUCUAAAGGAGUUAUGGGACAUCUACAAAGAUGGAACAUUGCAGAGACGUCUUAAAAAAUUUCUAGUUACCGAUCACAUCAAACAGUUGACAGAUGCGAAAGACAUUGAGGUGGCUGUUUUCAUCGAUGAAAAAGAGUAUGUGAUGUCAUUUAAUUUUCUGCAAAAUCAAGUGCCUGAUUCGAAAGAAGAGCGGUUUCGAAGGAAAUCUGACUCCUUCGUUCACAUCAGUUCAAAUCAGAGAGAGAUUGCUAUGAUGAAGCUGACACAAGUAGAAAACCAGUUGAGCUUUGAAAGACAAGUUCAUGGAGAGGAAAUAAAAAAACUCAAGGAGAAGAUUAUCCUGACAAGAGAGUCAAGGGCGCCAAAUAUCAAACAGGAAGAACUGCCUGGACGAAGAACUCGAAGGCAUUCGGAGUCUUUUCUUUAUUACAAACGAAAUGAGGUCGAGGUAGCUUCGAUGAGGCAAUUGGAGCAAGCAGAAGAAUGGAGGAAAGAGAAAGAGAUUUUUGAAUUAAAGAUCGCAGAGCUUGAAGAAACUCUGAAAGCAAAAAGGAUGAGCAAUAUGGACCGUAAGCAUUCAGAAGAUACGACUCUCGGGAGACCUUGGAAGAGGCGACGCAGAAAUUCUGAUUCUAACUUGUACUACAUGGCAAGAAAAGAGGGAGUUGAACAAACUGGAAAACAACCAGAGCGAGCUUUAGAAGGAGGAGCACAAAUGGACUUAGAGAGGCGUAUGUUCGUACAUAAUUAUUUGCAGAAUAGGAGACUUAAAUUUAGCGUUCGUUUUAAAAUUUAUCCCCAGAUAAAUUUUCGUUAUUUGCUGUAUUUUUCAUCCUCUUCCGUGGUGACAUUGAACCGUAAUCCCCAGCCGUGUUAUCAAUAUUUGACUCAGUAAAUUAAAGGAGAGGUUAGUCACCUCAUUUCCCAUAAAAGUGAAAUUGAUUAUCUGUCCUUUGUUAUCGAAGCGAAGAAUAGGGCUGCACGAAAACCUUGUUGACGUGUCUGCUUCUUCUGGAGGAGAUAAUUUUCUAACCUCGAGGCUGGAUUGUGGCAAACAGUGGACCUGAUAUCAAUGAUGAGAGAAUUAGAGGUCUUUAGCAGAAAAGAAUAUGGAAAGAAGCCACGUUCAUAUGUACAACAAAGGAGAAUUUGUCGUGUCUUAUAAGGUUUAUAACGCAUGAAGAGCCGACUAAUUAGUAAUUUUGCGGCGGAAAGUGAGGUAAACCAUCAAGGCUAACCGAGUUAGAUUAUACUCAGUUUCAGCUGAAUUAUACAAAAUACAGAGGCCACUUUUCAGACAUUUACGUUUUAUAAUCAAUUGGACUAUUUUAUUCAGGAAAUAGACGAUUGUCUGAGACCCAAGUGACCCAAACUCAGAUUUAAAGCGGCUUCGUUUUAGUUUGAUCGGAUUUUUAGUUCGAUCCUCACUAAUUAUGACGGUAUUUUGUCGAACAGGCAGCUAUGCUAAAUACUAAGAAACAAAAAACGUUGGGUCUAUGAAUUGUAACUUCUUCGGUUACAUUCAUUAAAUCUGUAAAGGUG